CCCUCCCUGAGUCAGCCGGCCGCCGGGCCCCCGCGUCCUAGGACGCCCCGGCCGGCUGCCCUCGGCGCUGGGCCUUCCCGGGUUGAGGUGGGCGGGUGCGGGCCUCACCGGGCACCGCGCGCGUCUCCUGCGGGGCCAGCCGCGUGUUCUUGGGCGCAGAGCGUCCGUGGGCCGCUGGCGAAGCGGGGCUUGCACGCGCGGCCCCUUUGCCGCGUGUCCCUCCCGUGCGUGUGCACCGCGCCUCCGCGCUGGCAAAACGCAGACAGCGCGGGCGGGAGAACAGCCUGAUUCUCUUCCCUGACUUCGGAUCCGGAGCUCCCCCCGAGCCGGAGGAGCGGCUCGGAGCGGGCCGAGGGCUCGUGGGACGGGAGCCGGCCGAGGGGGCGGGCUCCUCCCCGGCAGCCCCGCCGGACUCUGCUCGCAGCCACGUUUCUUCCUCCCCGAGGCGAACUGGAGCUUUCUGGAAGCCCCGCUCCGAGGACAUGGGGCACCUCACAUCGUCCUCAGUCGAACUGGUUUUUCUGUCCCGAGGUUACCCGUGGUUAUGUUCUUUAUUUUGUUUAGAAACCCGUUUGAAGGUUAUGGACGAUAAGCCUGACCCUGGAGCCCUGAGUGAGAAUUCGGAAGUUCUCUUCUCCUUUGGAGUGAUAGCAGAUAUCCAGUACGCUGAUUUAGAAGAUGGCUAUAACUUCCAAGGAAACAGACGAAGAUACUACAGACACAGUCUGCUUCACUUACGGAGGGCUAUUGAACACUGGAAUACGGAGGGCAGCCCGCCCCGCUGUGUUCUUCAGCUCGGGGAUAUCAUUGACGGGUAUAACGCACAGUACAAAGUGUCCGAAAAGUCGCUCGAACUUGUUAUGAACACUUUCCAGAUGCUUAAAGUCCCCGUUCAUCACACGUGGGGGAACCACGAGUUCUAUAACUUCAGCAGAAACUACCUAACAAAUUCUAAGCUUAACACAAAGUUUCUAGAAGACCAGAUUGUGCACCAUCCCGAGACUGUGCCUUCGGAGGAUUACUAUGCUUAUCACUUUGUCCCAUUCCCUCAAUUCCGGUUCAUUUUACUGGAUGCUUACGACUUGAGUGUCUUAGGCGUGGAUCAGUCCUCUCCAAAAUACCAGCAAUGUCUGAAGAUACUGAAGGAGCACAAUCCAAAUUCGGAGUUGAAUAGUCCGCAAGGACUUUCUGAGCCCCAGUUUGUCCAGUUUAACGGAGGAUUCAGCCAAGAGCAGCUGAACUGGUUGAAUGAAGUUCUUACGUUCUCUGACACAAACCAGGAAAAAGUGGUGAUUGUGAUGCAAUGUCACACGGCUGGAGGGAGGAGGCCAUGUGGACGGGAAGGCCUUCAUCCUGCUGGGCUGGCCCCCGGCUCCCAGGUCAGCAAAGCAUCACGACAGCGGUGACAGCCUCCGGUGCCGAGUGAGGGGACUGGGCAGCACACGGGUUCUGUCCUCAGAAGACUUGCAAAGAGAGGGGCUUGCCUGUUCUCUGCAACUGGGAUUAUGAAUUCACGGCUAAGAGACCAAGCAGAGACCGGCAAACCCGCACAAAGACACAGCCGGCCUCCAGGGGCCAUGGGAUCGAGGGAGAGCGGAUCAGGGCUCAAACAGAUCUAAAAGAAAGAGUGUCAGCAAAGGGGGAUUGGCGGCAGUGGAAACCCACAGAGUCGUUUCCAUCCGGGGGGCAAGAGCAGACGCAGCCCGUCCGGGCGCAGGCCGGAGAGCUGCUUGGCUCCCCUGGCCACGGACACUCACAUUUCCUUGCCAGGCUGUCCUCGUGGAGGCUGAUGGGGCCUGAGAGGCAAUUCACAAGCUCCGUUCCUCUCCUUGCUGUGAUUCCUGAGCUCCAGUUCCAGAGAGAAUGGCCUCGUACCCGCCUGGCCUACGGAGUGGAGAAUGAGCUGACGUGUCGGCGCCAGCCAUCUGGUCAGUUUCUAAGUGCGGCGUCAUCCUGAGAGUGCCGUUCUCCUGUAUAGACUCGAUGACCUUGUAGCCGUCCCCAUCAUCAGUCCUGCCAGGGGUGGUCAGCCACUCUGGAGUGGGGUGGAGCGGGAGAGACAGAGUCUGCAGCGGGAUCCUCAUCAGUGAGGGGACCCUCGCUCUGCAGAAUGUUCUGAACGUGGGUGUGAGCGAUGCCCCCUGGAUGACGUGUUUGGGGAGAGAUGACAGGGAACAAGAAUCCUGCCCUGUGCCAGAGAGUGUCCCAUCCACCUUUCUCCGUCCACCACAUUGGAUCUCCAGCCUUCUCUCCAGUCUGCUGAGUCUGCGUAAGGGGUGUGUUGUUGUUGGCAGGGAGUGGCGUUGGAAUAGGACAAUGGAGGGGUUCUACUCCCAGCUGUAAAGACCGCUUCCUCCCAAGGUCUCUGAAAUCAGACGUGUGUCUCACCGUGGCAAGGAUUGAUGUGCUUUUGCAAAACAACUUAAGACCGUGGUAUGAAAGCCUUAAGGCUUAUUCGUACUGAUUGACAAUGAAAGAUGCCUGGCUCAAAUAACGUUCCUCGAAAUCCUGGAUGUGCCCUUAUACCACCAGAGCGAGAAUAUGUACAGUUCAGCGUACCCUCCACAUGUAUUUCAAUGCAUCACGCUGCUCCCUAUCACUGGGGCCAUGGAUUUCACACAGUCACUAAAUAUUCAGGCCUUCCUACGUGUCAGGCGCUAUGCUGAUAACCGUGGACGUGACUGUGAACAGGACAGACACGGUCCUUGCCCCGUGGUGUGGACAGACGGAACAAUAAUCACACACACAGGCAGGUGAUCCCCGCAGGGAAUUGUGGGAAAGCGCGGACAGCUGUGGGGAUGUGUGCAACAAGGGGAAUCGGGUUUUUUCCCAAGGGCUUCGAAAAACUUCCUGCAGAGGGAACUUUUGGGGGUGCCCCGAAAGAUGAAGGGCGAGUGCCGAUGGAGAAGGCGUGGGGCAGUGCCUCAUGCAGACAGAGGAGCGUGUCGGAAGGCCCCGAAUCCAGAAGCUCAGCAGGGCCCCGUGUGAGUGAAGAGAGAUGAUGCUGGAAGGGUGCAGGUUAAGGAGGUCGGUUUUCUCUCAAGUGCAGUGAAAAGCCCCCCGGAACACUGAGCCAGGGGCGGCAGCGUGGGAGGUGCGCUUGGGUGGAGGCUGGGAGAGCCCAUAGGAUGCACAGGGAUUGGCUAGGACCCACUUGCCAUAGACCAGGACAGACGUGACGCCGGCUAGGCUGGGAGGAUAGGCAGUGGCCACGGGGAGAAAGAAGCUCACGUGAGUGAGUGGCCGAGGACAUAAAGCCAACGGGACACAUGGGGGGAAUAAAACAUGAGAACCCGCUCUCGGCUCCAGACAGAUUCCCUUGAGGGUGAGCACCUGGUCCUCAGGUGGGACCAAGCAUCCUCUUCUCCUGCUUCUCACACUUGCUCUUGUUGCUUUUUAAAAGCACGACUUAGUUUUGACUUUGUAGCCACCAUUCCGAGUGUAUGGGCACCUUUCCUGCUGCCGGACUGUCCCAUGAAUUGCAGGAGGUAAGGACCGUACCUCCCUCAUUUGUAUUUCUCUCCCACAGGACCUGGCUUACUUGGAUACUGGUGGUAUCCAACCAUGAGUGGGGAAACAUCGGACUGCCGUAAGAAAGUUGCUGGAAGAUUGGGUUUGUUGUUGGGGGGGGGGGGUUGUGUGUGUAGAUUGUGGUAGUUAACUCGUACUGAGCCCGUGGCGUUAAGGCAAUUCUCUAAGCACUGUGUGUAGAGGAACUCAUUUCAUGCCAACAACACAUCAAUCAGGCAAGUCCUGUUAUUAUCCCCAUUUAAUGGAUGAAGACACUGAGGCACACACUAGCUCUUAAAUACAGUCCUUGGGAAAGACCCCAGCUUGUUGACCUGUGACUCAGAAUUGGACGUGUCCAGGGGCAUAGAGAGGCCUCCUGUAGGUUGAUGAAAGCAGAGAGGGAAGUAGGCCCAACGCUCUCUCUCCCACCAAACAGCCGCUCCCGCCCCAUUAACUGGAGAGGGGGGGCUUAAAGGAUGACCUGCAGACCCCCCGGAUGCCGAAGGGGCAAUCCCUCAUGGCCCGCUUCCACGCCCUUGUGCUUGCCUCUUAGCUCUUUUAAAGACCAGAAAGAUGGUUCCGCCCAAACCCUUGACCUUUGGAGCCUGAUGACACGAAGCUGUACUUGGAAGUGGGAAAAGUGAAGGGACUUGAGCCAGCUUCUCUCUCAUCCCGACCUGAUUUAGGACCAGGCUGUUAGGACGGUGGGUGUCCACAAGAUGGCGGACUCCUGCUACCAGUGGUGGAUCUGUGGGCGGAAGAAGGGAAGGAGGGCAGGGCCGGCUGGCUGUUUCCAUCGGCUCCACCUGCCUGCUUGUGCCAGAGACUUUCUGGGUGGGUGCGGAGCUGGGCUCAGCCCGAGGUGAAGAGGUGCAAACAGAACUUUGUACCCGAAAUACUGGUGUCCAAAGGGCAGUGUUGCAGGGGAAGAGCCGAGCUCUGCCGCGUCCUGGCAGAUUGUUUGCCACCCCAAGAUUCCGGGCAGAUCAGAUAUGUUCCAGGGAAGCAAUCACUUCUUCUAACACCAGGGCAUGCCGAAAGUAAAUAAUAAUGAUACUAGCCAUCUGGUAUUGCGUAUUUACGGUGAGCCGGCCUGCUGCCCUUGGGUCCUUCACACCCGAUCUAGACUCUCCCUCCCAUCCUACAAGCCGUGGUCCCCCCAGCUCGCCCCUCUCCCAGGUGACACCUUCACCUGACAUUCAGUUACUCUUUGGAUUAGCUGCCUAGGGUUGCCUUAGCUGGUUAAUCACAAAACUGGUGACUUAAAACAACAAAAAUGUAUUCUUCCACCUUUCUGGACAUGGCAAGUCCAAAAUCAAGGUGUCGACAGGGACGUACUCCCCACCGAAGGCUCUGGGGAGACUCCUUUCUUGCCUCUUUCACCUUUGGGGGGGGUGCUCCUUGUGGUCAUAUGACUCCAGGCUCUGUCACUUCACAACGCCUUCUCUGGUCCCUGUCUUCAUUUUUCAUUUUUCUGUCUCUUAUAGGGAGACAGAGGGACUGGACUGUUGGAUGUAGCCUCCCCCGCCCCUGCCCCGUAAUCUGGGAUGAUCUCACCUGGAUAUCUGCAAAGACCCUUUUUCUAAAUAAGAUCACAUACACAGGUCCCAGGGGUUAGGACAGGGACAGAUCUUUUCGGGGGCCACCACUCAAUUCACUGCAGAAACCUAUGUGUUCUCCUGGGCACCUCCGACUCCUCCCUCCCCGUGAAAGUCCACCGCCGAUGCUGGUAGACUUUUCUGCUCAGUGCCAACACCUAACCCAAGACGUCAGCAUUUCUUCCCUAACCUCCUAACUGGUUUCCCUGCGUCCGCCCUGUUGUGGCCUGAACUGUGGCCCUGCCCCCCCCAACUCCUAUAUCAAAGCUCUGACCCCCAGUGGUGAUUGCUUUGGGAGACGGUGGGGGGGGCUCUCCUGAGAUAAAGUUAAAUGAGGUCACAAGGGUGGGGCCCUAAUCUGAUAGGACUGACCGCCUUUUUUUUUUUUUUUAAUUUUUUUUUCUUAUAUUAUCCCCAUACAUUGCAUCAUUAGUUUUAGAUGUAGUGUUUCAUGAUUCAUUGUUUGUGCACAACACCCAGUGCUCCAUGCAGAACAUGCCCUCCUCAAUACCCAUCACCAGGCUAACCCAUCCUCUGGACUGACAGCCUUUUAAGAAGAGCUACCAGAGAUCUCUCUUCCGGGCAGGAACGGUGGAAAGUCAGAGGACACGGUGAAAAGCUGGCCAUCUACAAGCCAGGGGGAGAGAUCUCUCCGAAAAGCCCCCUUGAUGGCACCUUGGUCUCGGACUUCCCGUCUACGGCAGCGUGAGAAAAUACACUCCGUGGUUGCAGCCCAUGCUGUUUUGCUAGUGGCCACCCAAGCAAAUGCAUGCACUCUGCGAGCUUCCUCCUGCCCUGGGCUCUGCGCUGCAGCCAGCGACCUGUGUCAGACCCAAAUCCCAAACCUCGGCUUCAGAUCAAGCCUCCCGUUCUCCCUUCCUUCCCCAAAUCGAUCCAGGCACUGUUCUGAGCACUAGGGCUGUAACAGUGACCAAAGCAGGCAGCGCCCCCUGGCAGUCUUGUGUGAAGGAUCCAGCCCAGCCUGCCCUUGCUGCCUAUGGCUCUGAGCUUUGAACGCCAUCUACGAAACCCAGUCUGGACAGCCUCCCCUUAUGCCCUGCUCCUCGGCCUUCCCCUCCACCACCCAUAUCCACCUGCGCUCUCCUGACACAGCCUUCUCCAGUCCUUCCAGCCCGUGCUGCUCCAUCCCUCCGGAGAGCCUGGAGCUCUGCGGCUCCUUCUGGCUCCUUCUGCCCGGAAGGCUUCCCCUUAAGCUUAUUUAACCCUGGCUCCUAUUUCUGCUCUUGAAUAACCCUGUUUACAGGCUCCCAGCACCUGCCCCUUCUCCCCCUGCAGCGCUGAUAACAAUGACAAUUAAAUCAUUAACUGUGUAGCUAGCUGUCUGGUGUCUGCAUAACCCACCCGUCUGAAAGCCCCAUGGAGACCUACCUCCUUUUGAUUCCCGCUGCUUUCCCAGGGCUUAGCAGGGUCAGAACAGAGCAGGCACCUGUUACUGAAUUCUUUUUUUUUUUUUUAAAUUUUAUUAUGUUAUGUUAGUCACCAUACAAUAUAUCAUUAGUUUUUGAUGUAGUGAUCCACAAUCCAUUGUUUUCGUAUAACACCCAGUGCUCCAUGCAGUACGUGCCCUCCUUAAUACCCAUCACCGGGCUAACCAAUCCCCCCUCCCCUCUAAAACCCUGUUUGUUUUUCAGGUCCAUAGUCUCUCAUGGUUCAUCUCUCCCUCCAAUCCACCCCCCCCAUUUUUCCCUUCCUUCUCCUAAUGUCCUCCAUGUUAUUCCUUAUGUUCCACAAAUAAGUGAAACCAUAUGAUAAUUGACUUUCUCUGCUUGACUUAUUUCACUUAGCAUAAUCUCCUCCAGUCCCAUCCAUGUUGAUGUAAAAGUUGGGUAUUCAUCCUUUCUGAUGGCUGAGUAAUACUCCAUUGUAUAUAUGGACCACAUCUUCUUUAUCCAUUCAUCUGUUGAAGGGCAUCUCGGCUCUUUCCAUAGUUUGGCUAUUGCAGACAUUGCUGCUAUGAACAUUGGGGUGCAUAUGGCCCUUCUUUUCACUACAUCUGUGUCUUUGGGGUAAAUACCCAGGAAUGCAAUUGCUAGGUCAUAGGGUAGCUCUAUUUUUAAAUUUUUGAGGAACCUCCACACUGUUUUCCAAAGUGGCUCUACCAACUUGCAUUCCCACCAACAGUGUAAGAGGGUUCCCCUUUCUCCACAACCUCUCCAACAUUUGUUGUUUCUUUCCCUGUCCAUUUUUGCCAUUCUAACUGGUGUAACCUUUCUUAUACACUAACAACGCAACUGUAGAAAGAGAAAUUAGAAAAACGAUUCCAUUUACAAUAGCACCAAAAACCAUAAGAUACUUAAUUCUUACCUGAAUGAGCAAAGGAAUGAACUAGCUACUCUCAUUCUGAUAAGCGUCCCACAUCCUUUAGAUGUUUUCAUGCCCAGUGUUCAGAUGGGAAAAGUAAGACGCAGCAUGGGUGGCGAGGUGACUGGCAAGAGGUCACCGGUUAGUAACGGUCGGCACUGAAAUAGCAAUCCACAGCUUUCUGAUGUCAAAGACACGGCUUCUAACAGCCAUGACUCAGACCCAGUUUGCUUUAAAUGAUGAGAGAAUUCUUAACAGAAAAGCAGAAGCAUCCCAACUAGAAAUUCACUAAAGAAUCAUUUCCUUUAUCCAAAUAAUUAUUGCAGUGAACAGGAGAAUGGAUGAACAGUCUGUGAUAUAUUCACAUAAUGGAAUGCUACUAGCAAAAAAAUAAAAACAAAAACAAAAAAACCCUCAAAAACCCAAGAAAUGAACUACUAAUAACACGCUAUUGCAUUAGUGAGUUGCAAAAGCAUUGUGCUGAGCCAGGGAAGCCGGGCACAGAAGAGCUCAUGCUGGAGGAUUCCAUUUACGGGAAAUUCUGGAAUAGGCAAAAUCAUCUAUGGUGAAAAACAUCAGAUCAGCGGUUGCCUCUGGGGUGGGAGGGGGGAAGGGCAUGAGGGAACUUUCUGGGGUGAUGACAACAUUCUCUAUCUUGAUGGAGGUUUCAGUUCCCCGGGUGUGUAUGUAUUUGUUCAAACUCAGAAUACAUUAAGCUUGAGAUUUGUUAAUUUCUCUGUUUGCAAACUUUAUCUCAAAAAAGGAAAGCCAUAAGCAAAUAUUAAACUCUAGUUAAUGAUAUACACGCUGAGGUGUUUACAGGUGAAGGGUCCUAACGUCUGCAUCUUAUUUGAAAACUCGUCAAAAAAAUGACAGAUUGGGGUUCUUGGGUGGCUCAGUCGGUGAAGCGUCUGCCUUCGGCUCAGGUCAUGAUCUCAGGGUCCUGGGAUCAAGGCCCGAAUUGGGCUCCCUGCUUAGCGGGGAGUCUGCUUCUCCCUGUCCCUCUGACCCUUCCCCUUGCUCAUGCUCCUGCUCUGUCUUGUUCUCUCUCUCAAAUGAAUAAAUAAAAAAAAAUCUUAAAAAAAAAUAACACAGAUUGAUGAUGGACAGAGGGAGGAAUAGAAGGAAAGCAGAACAAAAUGUUAAAUGUAGACUCGAGGUGAUGGCAUAUGGGUGUUCACUGCACAAUACUUUCAACUUUGCUCUCUCUCUUUCAAGUUUUUCAUCAUAAAAUAUUGAAAAAAUAGUGUUAUAAGCUGAAAAAUGCAUUUCCAAAGUAGCUAACGUUCACCAUAAUCAGUAAGAUGCUCUAGAGAUGAAGAAAUCGAAAUGCACUCAUUGCCGUUUUGCCCUAGUUUCAAGGGGAUGAUGGACAAGGAGGACCCAGAGAAGGUGCUGAGCACAUUGGAAGCAGGGGGGCCAAGCCUUGGCAGGACCUGGCAGACUUCUCUCUGGCUGGAGAGGUUAUAGAAUUCGGGACUGGACAUCAAGGGUGGUGGAGUUGGCCCUCAAAACUUGCUCACCUGUGGGUCCAGUGAGAAUCAGUGACAUUUUUCUUAAGAGCUGAGCUGAGAGUAAGUCUAGUAAGUUCCAGGAAUACAAACCACGCAAAUGAAACACCAGGCUUAUGUUUCCAGCUGGAUCAAGCUACUGUCUAGAAGGACCUCAUGCUGACACUGCCCACUUGGCUGUAAAUUCAAGGCCACCUUCUCAGGGGCUGCGGGGGUAAGGAGCCUGGAUGGCCAGAACGAGAAAACUCUGACAGUGAGUGGAGUGACGUCAGAUACAUCCGCGUCCCUGUCGUGUCCCCACCGCUCACUGGUUAUGUGGCCCUGGGCGCCUCACGGGGCUCCUCCUGGCCUCAGCUUCCAUAUCUGUAAAAUGGAGACAGUAAUGUUUAGCUGGCAGCCUGCAUGUUGGCUUACAGAUCAUGACCUUGUCAAGGUCAGCUACCACCUCCAUUUAUGUCCGUCUUGUCGGUUCCAAGGUGGAGCCUCAGUUUCCCAUGGCUCCGUUUACCAGCAGCUUUUGACCUUGCUGAUCAGGCCCCCCUCCUUGACAUACUCGCUUCCUUCAGCCACAGAGCCCAGCCUCCCUGGCCACUCUCCCGCAGCCUCUUUUGCUGGUUUCUCCUCAUUUUCCCAGCACAUGAUGAUCUGCUCCAGGGCUCAGUCUUCAGCCUCUUCUUUGCUCUCCCCACACCCAACACUUACAUGGAUUUCAUUUUAACCUGUCCAAAGCCAAUUUUUUUUUUUAGAUAAAAAUUGAGGGGCACCUGGGUGGCUCAGUCAUUAAGCAUCUGCCUUCGGCUCAGGUCAUGAUCCCGGGGUCCUGGGAUUGAGCCCCACAUCGGGCUCCCUGCUCAGUGGGAAACCUGCUUCUCCCUCUCCCAGUCCCCCUGCUUGUGUUCCCUCUCUUGCUGUGUCUCUCUGUCUGUAAAAUAAAUAGAUAAAUAAAAAUCUUAAAUAAAUAAAUAAAAAUUGAGAUAAAAUUGAUAUAGAGCAUUACAUUAGCUGCUGGUAUACACCAUAAUAAUUUGAUGUUGGUGUAUAUUACUAGGUGAUCACCACACUAAAUCUCAUUGCCAUCUGUCACCAUACAUCGGACCCCCUUCACCCUUUUUGCCCACCUCCCAACCCUCUACCCCCCUGAUACCCACCCAUCUGUUCUCUGUGCCUAUGAGUUUUGGUUUGUUUCUUCCUUUUUGUUUUUCAGAUUCUACGUGUAAGUGAAAUCAUACAAUAUUUGUCCUUCUCUGCCUGACUUCACUUAGCAUAAUACCCUUGAGAGGAAUCUAUUCAAAGUCCGCCCUCCCCCGCCACCCGCAACCAUGCUUACAGGCAAAACUCACAGGUGUCUGCACUUGGCCCUAACUUUGUUUUCCCAGGCCAUGGUGCCCUACAUUUUCGGAAAGUAGACCCCAACUACAAAACAUCUUCUCUAGCCUGACCACAACCGGCAUCCUGAUGAAGCCCUGGACAGAGCCGCUUGGAAACCUGCCACCUUCUGCUCUCCCCUGCCAAGAAUGGGACCCCCUCACCACCUCCCCACGGAUGCAGCUGCAACCCUCUCACAUCCUUAAAAACCCCUUAAAAGGCCCAGCCUCACAGGAACUCGGGGCCAACAUUUCUCUUAAUGUCUGGCACCUCUCCUCCCUUGGAAAGUGAAUCAACUCUGUCUUGCGUGUUGGUCUACUCUUGGAGCAAUUCUUUACCACCUGCAUCACCGGCCAACCUAACAACCCUCAAGGCCCAUCCUGUGUUGUUCUAAAUGGCAAGGUUGUCUUUUUUUAUGGCUGAGUAGUAUUCCAUUGUAUAUAUGAACCGCAUCUUCUUUUCCAUUUAUCCAUCAGUGGAUACUCUACGUUAUUUCCAUGUGUUGGUUAUCGUGAAUAAUGCUGCAGUGAACAUAGGGGUGCAGAUAUCUCUUUGAAUUAGUGUUUUUAUUUCCUUUGGAUGAAUACCCAGAAGUGGAAUAGCUGGAUCAUAUGGUAGGUUUACUCUUUAAUCUUUUGGGAGCCUCCAUACUGUUUUCCACAGUGGUUGCACCAACUUACAUUCCUACCAACAGUGCACAAGGGCUCUCUUUUCUCCACAUCCUCAUCAACACUUGUUAUUUCUUGUCUUUUUGAUGAAGCUGUUCUAACAGGUGUGAGGUGAUACCUCAUUGUGGUUUUCACCUGCAUUUCCGUGAUGAUUCAUGACGCUGAACAUUUUUUCAUGUGCCUGUUGGCCGUCUGUGUCUUCUUUGGAAAAAUGUCUAGUUAGAUCCUCUGUCCAUUUUUCAAUCAGAUUGUUUGUGGGGUUUUGUGCUAUUGAGUUGUUUGAGGUCUUUAUAUGUUUUGGAUAUUAACCUCUUAUCGGACAUAUGGUUGGCAAAUAGUUUCUCCCAUUCAGUAGGUUGCAUCCCUGUUUCACUGAUGGUUCCUUUUACUGCACAGAAGCUUUUUGGUUUGAUAUAAUCUCACUUGUUUAUUUCUGCUUUUGUUACCUUUGCUUUUGGAAUCAAAUCUAAAAAUUCAGUGCCAAGACUGAUGUCCAGGAGCUUAUGCCUGUGUUUUUUUCUAGGAGUUUUACAGUUUCAGGUCUUACAUUCAAGUCUUUAAUCACACUUUGAGUAAAUUUUUGCGAUUGACAUAAGAUAGUGAAUUCCUUUCAUGUGUUUGCUUGUGACUGUCCAGUUUUCCCGACACCAUUUAUUGAAGAGACUACCCUUUCCCUUGGCUCCUUUGUUGCAAAUUAAUUGACCAUAUAUGUGUGGGUUUAUUUCUGGGCUCUCUUUUCUUUUCCAUUGAUCUAUGUGUCUGUUUUCAUGCCAGUGCCAUACUGUUUUGAUUGCUACAGCUUUGUAGUAUAAUUUGAAAACAGGGGGCAUAAUGCCUUGUGUGUGGUUCUUCAUUCUCAAGAUUGUUGUUCUUCCAGGUCUUUUGUGGUUCCCUACAAAUAUUAAAAUUAUCGGUUCUAUUUCUGUUUAAAAUGCCACUGUAAUUUUGAUAGGGAUUGCAUUGAAUCUGUAAAUUACUUCAGGCAAUAUGGACAUUUAAACAAUAUUAAUUCUUCCAAUCUGUGAGCAGGAAAUAUCUUUCCAUUUAUUUGUGUUUUUGUCAGUUUCUUUCAUCAGUGGUUUACAGUUUUCAGUGUAUAGGUCUUUCCUCUCCUUGGCUAAAUUUAUUCCUAGGUAUUUUAUUCUUCUUGAUGCAAUUAUCAAUGGGGUUGUUUUCUUAAUUUCUCUUUUCAAUAGCUCAUUAUUAGUUUAUAGAAAUGCAGCAGAUUUUUGUAAAUUGAUUCUUGUACCCUGCAGUAUCACUAAAUUCAUUUAUUAGUUCUCACAGGGUUUUUAUGUGUAUUUGUGUGGAGCCUUUAGGGUUCUCUGUAUAUAGUAUUAUUUGAAUCAUCUGCAAAUAGUGGGAUUUCCUCCCCACCCCCCAUUUGGAUGCCUUUUAUUUAUUUUUCUUGCCUAAUUGCCAUGGCUAGGACUACUAAUACUACGUUGAAUAAAAGUGGUGAAAGUGGGCGUCCUUCUUUUUUUCUUGGUCUUAAAGGAAAAGCUUUCAGGAAUAUGAAUAUGAUGUUAGUUGUGGGUUUGUCAUACAUAGGUUUUAUUUUGUUGAGGUACUUUCCCUCUUACCAACUUGGUUGAGUGUUUUUAUCAUAAACAGUGUUGAAUUGUGUCAAAUGCUUUUUCUGCAUCUAUUGAGAUGAUCAUAUAAUUUUUAUACCUUAUUGUUUUAAUGUCGUAUAUCCCAUUGGUUUGCAGAUAUUGAACCAUUUUGCACCCCUGGAAUAAAUCCCAGUUGAUCAUGGUGUUUGAUCCUUUCCAUGUAUUGUUGAAUUCAGUUUGCUAAUAUUUUGCUGAGGAUUUUCACAUCCAUGUUCAUCAUGGAUAUUGGCCUGUAAUUUUCUUUUCUUAUGGUCUCCUUAUUUGGUUUUGGAAUUGGGAUAAUGCUGGCCUCAUAAAACACAUUUAGAAGUGUUCUCUCAUCUUUAAUUUUUUGGAAUAGUUUAAGAAGGAUAUCUAUUAAAUCUUCUUCAAAUGUUUGGUAGAAUUCACCAGUAAAGAUAUCUGGUCCUGGACUUUUGUUUGUUGGGAGCUUUUGAUUACUGAUUGAAUCUCCUUACUAAUAAUCGGUCUAUUCAGAUCUUCUAUUUCUUCAUGAUUCAGUCUUGGAAGAUUGUAUAUUUCUAGGAAUUUAUCCAUAUGUUCUUUGUUGUCCAGUUUGUUGGUAUGUAAUUGUUCAUACUAGUCUCUUAUGAUCCUUCCUUCAUAUUUCUAUGGUAUCAAUUGUAAUUUCUCCUCUUUCAUUUCAUUUUAUUUGAGUCUUCUUUCUUUUUUUCUUGGUGAAUCUAGCUAAAAGUUUGUCAAUUUUGUUUAUCCUUUCAAAGAACCAGCUCUUAGUUUCAUUGAUCCUUUCUUUUUUUUUUUUUUUUUAAGUCUCUAUUUCAUUUAUUUUUGCUCUGCUCUAUAUGAUUUCCUUCCUUCUACUAACUUUGGGAUUAGUUUGUUCUUCUUUUUCUCGUUCCUUUAGAUGUAAAGCUAGAUUGUUCGAGUUCUUGUUUCAGGAGGUAGGCCUGUAUUGCUAUAAAUUUCCAUGUUAGAACUGUUCUUACUGCAUCCCAUCAAUUUUGGAUUGUUUAUUUCCAUUUCCAUCUGUCUCAAGGUGUUUUCUUUUAAUUUCCCUUUUGAUUUCUUCAUUGACUCAUUGGUUUUUCAGUAGCAUGUUGUUUCAUCCCUACAUAUCUGUGAUUUCUUCAGUUUUCUUGUAACUGACUUCUAGUUUUAUACCAUUGUGGUUGGAAAAGAUGCUUGAUAUGAUUUCAGUUUUCUUUAAUUUAUGGAGAUCUGUUUCAUGGCCUAACAUGUGAUCCAUCCUAGGGAAUGUUUCAUGUGCACUUGAGAAGAAUGUAUAUUUUCCUGCUUUUGGGUGGGAUGUUCUGUAUAUAACUAUUAAGUCCAUCCAGUAUAAGGUAUCAUUUAAGGCUGGUGUUUCCCUAUUGAUUUUUUCUUUGGAUGAUAUAUCCAUUGAUGUAAGUAGAGUAUUAAAGUCCCCUACUAUUACUGUAUUGCUGUGAAUUUCUCCCUUUGGGUCUGUUCGUAUUUGCUUUAUAUAUUUAGGUCCUCCUGUGUUAGAUGCAUAAAUAUUUACAACUAAAUCCUCUCAUUGGAUUGACCCUUUUAUCAUUAUGUAAUGCCAUUCUUUGUCUUUUAUCACAGUCUUUGUUUUAAAGUCUAUUUUGUCUGACACAGGUAUAGCUACGCCAGCUUUCUUUACAUUUCCAUUGCAGAGAAUAUCUUUUUUCCAUCCAUUCACUUUUGGUCUAUGUGCAUCCUUAGAUCUGAAGUGAGUCUCUUAUAGGCAAUAUGUAGAUGAGUCUUUUUUGUUUGUUUUGUUUUUACUCAGUUCAGCCACUCUGUGUCAUUUGAUUGGAGAUUUUAGUCCAUUUACAUUUCAAGUAAUUCUUUUUUGGCUGUUUUUGUAGUUCCUUUCUCUUUCUUUCUUCUUUUCUUGUUCUCUUCCUUUGUGGUUUGAUGACUUUCUUUAGUGUUAUGCUUAUAUUCCUUUCUCAUUAUCUUUUGUGUAGCUGCUAUAGGUUUUUGCUUUGUGGUUUUUGCUUUUUUUUUUUACCAUGAGAUUCACAUAGAGCAGGCUAUAUAUAUAAUAAGUUGAUAUUAUAUGUUAUUUAUUUAUAUGCUAUCUUAAGUUGAUAGCAGCUUAAAUUUGAAUACAUUUUAAACCUCUACAUUUUUAUUUCCCCCCACAUGUUUUAUGUUUUUGAUGUCAUAUUUUACAUCUUUUUUUUUUUUUUAAGAUUUUUAUUUAUUUAUUUGACAGAGAUAGAGAGCACAAGUAGGCAGAGAGGCAGGCAGAGGGAGAGGGAGAAGCAGACUCUCCACUGAGCAGGGAGCCUGACGCGGGGCUCGAUCCCAGGACCCUGGGAUCAUGACCUGAGCCGAAGGCAGACGCUUAACCGACUGAGCCACCCAGGCGCCCCUUUUACAUCUUUUUAUUUUGUGUAUCUCUUAACUAAUUAUUGUAGUUAUAGUUAAUUUUUACUACUUUUUUCUUUCAACCUUCAUUCUAUCUUUAUAAGUAGUUCAUACCUUUACUGUAUAUUCACCUUUACCAGUGACAUUUUUACUUUAAUAUGUUUUCUUGUUAAUGUCU